AUGGAUAUGGGUGACAGAGAAACUAGAAGAGAGGAGACUGAAAAGGAGCUUGAUAUAAGAGUAGGCGAGCUAACAAACUUAAUGAAAAUAUUCAGAGAGAAAGUGGACAAUUUAGAAAAAACUGUACACUCUUUGGAAGUAAAAAUGGUUGAUUAUAUACAGGACUUAACCAAGGCAAAGGGUGAGAUUGACAUAUAACUUAUUAUUACCAUAAACACAGAAAGGCAUGAAUAAUAAAUUACAGUAUAGGAAA